AUGGAGAAUUGGCCACUGCACAGUGCAUGCACCUCUGAUGGGGACGACAGCGACGUUUUUGCCCUGGCUGCAGCUCUGGUGCUCUGGGUGACUGUCCAGGUGCCUGAGUGCAAAAAGGCCAUGAUCCCUUAUUCUGAGCAACUGUUUGUGGCACUGCUCUUCCAUAUUGUCAUCACUACACAGCAGAUGCCACCAGAGGAAGUUGAUACCUUCUGGAGAGCAUGCCAGGAGGAACACCGCCUUCCCAUCAAGCUUAACAGGUUUGCAGUGCAGGCCAUGAAGGUUCUGCUCUACAUGCUGCAGUGUGACCACGUGGUGAUGUCUAUGGAGCGCAAGGAGAUGCGUUAUGACUUGACCCCACUGUGUUCCCAUGUGGCACAUUGCCUUCUCCUGCUGCUCAGCAGUGAAAAGCCAAGGUGGGAUCUGCCCUUGCUGGCAUUCCUUGUGGAGAUCAUGUCAAGUUGCCUGCAGAUGGAGUGCAGGGAGUGGCGUCGCCUGGCGCUCAGAGGCCUCGUGGUGCUCAGCAAGGAUCCCUCGAUGGCCAGCAGAAUGUGCAGUCUGUCUCCGAGCCUUCUGGAGCUGCUGGGUGAUGCCGAUGGAGAGGUGGUCAGCAUGUCCAUUCAUGUGUUCACAAAUGUGCUCCAGGCAGACAUCCUGGUAUCCAGCACCACUGCCCCAAAACUGGCUGAGGCACUGCUGCUGCUCUUUGACCAUGACAACAGCUAUGUGCAAGUGCUCUCCCUUCAGCUCUUCUUCAGGGUGAUGGACUUGGUAGUGGAUGAGGGAAAAAAGCCCCUUGCAAAGAUUUUGAGCCAAAGCCUCCUUCCACUCUUCUUCCACUGCCAUGAUGAGAACCAGUGUGUGGCAAAGGCCUCUUGGGAAACGCUGCUUCGUGUGGCAAGGUUCCUGAAGAGGAGGAAGCUCAAGCAGCUGGUGAAGAAGGGGCAGCUGUCAGAGUUCACCGAGGUCCUGCUGGCAGAGGACAGGAGCCGAGCGGCCGAGCACCUGCGCCGGGCGCUGCGCUUCCUGGAUAGCCCACAGGAGCCCCUGCGAGCGGCGGCCGUCAGGAUCAUGGGCAUGGCCGGGAUGGUCACGAUGGGCUGGAAAGAAGAGCUCCAGCUCCUCAAUGAGGCCCUUCAAGGCCUGAGAAGAGAUGACAGCCCUUCCCAAAUGAACAUAGUUGUUCAACGGAGAAUCGUUGAGAGAUCUGCAGAACUACGUUUCUCUGGUGGCUCAGAAGAACCAUUGCUCCUAAAAGUCCUAAAAACACCAUGGAAGAGGAGAUCACCUUGAGAGGCCAGAAGAGACAGAAGAGACCAGCUGGAGCUUCAGGCACAGCUGAUGAUUGGCAUAGCUGAGCCGCUGGGAAGCUCCAAUAGCUCCUGCCUUCUCCCUGCCUGUUGACAACUCCAUGCCUCCCCCCAGCCCUCAGACCCUGCCCGUCCUCUUUCUUCCCUCCCCACUCCUCCCUUUGCUUCGCCUUCCAUUAAUAAACAGUUUGGCUUCUUCA